CAGAACUCUAACCUUGACUGCAUCAAUGCAAACGCGGUCAUCUUGUUACCGAUGUUGGAUAACGCAUCCGAGGGUGAAGUUAUAAAGACUUUGCCUCCUAAGCAGACAUUUUUCUCUUUAUCUUGGGACUACUUCAAGUUUCUACUGACAUGUGCAUCUAUAUAUGGUGUAGGGUACUAUCGACUCAGUGCUAGUUGGGUGUUAUUAGGGUCGUUGGGCUACUAUAUUGUACAGCAUAUUAAAAGCAAAACUUGAAGUUGACAAGUUCAUUAAAAGCUAUAGGAGAAGAUGAAAAGACGUUCAUCAUCCAAAAUUUUUCUGUUAGGGACUUGCCGUCUUGGGUGUACUUUCCCGAUGUUGAGAGGGCUGAGUGGUUAAACAAAGUUAUCAAACGAAUGUGGCCAUGCAUCAGUGAGUAUAUAAGGGAUGUUGUCGUUGCCACUGUUGAGCCUGUUGUUUCGCAGAAUUUGCCCACUGCACUGACACCUUUCAGCUUUGCAACUAUUGAUCUAGGAGACACACCUCCUCGAAUAGGUGGGAUAAAAGUUUAUAUGAAUGAAAGCAUCCGAAAAGAUGAAAUAGUUCUCGACUUGGACCUUAUGCUAUACAGUGAUGCAAGGAUAAAGGUUAACCUGGGGAAAAUGAAGGCAGGGGUCAAAGAAUUUGAGUUACGUGGUACGCUACGUGUCGUUAUGAAGCCUCUGGUUCCGAAAGUGCCUUUUGCCGGUGCAGUUACAGUUUGUUUUUUGGAUAGUCCGUAUAUCAAUUUCUCGCUAACAGAUAUGGGAAAUAUCCUUGGACUUCCUGGACUGCAACAAACAUUGAACACAGUUAUUCGUAACGUUGUUAAUCAAUUAGUUGUUCUUCCAAACCGUCUACCCGUCCAGUUGCUACCCGAUGUGGAUAUACAACGCCUAAGAUACCCAUUACCUCAGGGUGUGCUUCAUGUGAACAUGAUAUCUGGUCGUAAUCUUAAAGCAGGGGAUAAGAAUGUAAUUGGUCAUAACACAUCUGAUCCAUAUUGUGUUAUACGAGUUGGUGCCAGAUCAGUUAAUACUUCUGUUGUUAAACAAACACUGGAACCUGUUUGGAAUCAGCAUUUCGAGUUUAUCGUAGAUAUUUGUCAUGGACAGUCUGUAACAGUAGAAGUGUACGACAAGGAUCAAGGGAAUAAAGAUGACUAUUUAGGAUGUACCUCAAUACCAGUGGAAUCGGUACUCAAUGAAGGUGAAAUAGAUACGUGGUCAUCUCUAGAAGGUGUUAAAACGGGUUCAUUGCAUAUGCAGUUAACAUGGUUUCGGAUGUCAAGCAAUGAUGUGGAUUUUAACAAGGCAAUGGAACAGGCGUUACAAUAUCGUAAAGCAUCUGGUCGAAGUAUGAGUUCAGGUUUUUUGUAUGUGGUUAUUGAACAAGCGCACAAUUUACCAUGUGUAAAACAACUUCAGGAACCUUCACCAUAUUGUAAUUUACACUUGGGUCGUGAUUAUCAAUCAAGUGAGGUAAAGGAGAAAACACAAAAUCCUAUCUGGAAUUCCGUUCAUCAUUUCCUUGUUAGUGAUCCUAAUGUUGACAAUUUACAGCUAAUUAUUCGUGAUAAUCGGACUGAAACGAAAUUAGGUUCAUGUAACAUCCCAUUGAAGAUAUUAUUCACACAGAAAAGCAUGUCUGUUAACCAACCAUUCACCUUGGAAGAUACAGGUCGAGAAACUUCAACUAUUUAUCUGCAUUUACAAUUAUUGGCUUUGCUUCCUGGACAACGUAAAAAUGCGAACAACUUUACUAAUACAGAUAUGAAAAAUAAUUUGUGUCCUGACCAAAAACCUCCUCUUGUUACUACUACCACUCCUACCAACUCAAUCGACAAGCCUAAUGAAAUACCAGCAGAAAAUCCAGAAAUGGUUGUCAGACAACGAUAUUCCGAGGAUAAUGAUAUGGUAUCCUCAACUGAGUCUCUGUCAACCAACAUUAGCGUACAACCAGUUAGACAGACAAUGAAUAGUAAUGAGAACAAUAUACAUCAAAUAAGCAAUUCGUCUUUGGGUCGGAUACGCCUUACUAUUCAGUAUCAUUCUGCUUCCAAUUCUUUAGAAGUAACGGUACAUGAAGCUCAGCAGUUAACUGGUGUGGAUAAAGAUGGACUGUCUGAUCCGUACGUUAAACUCUAUCUUCUGGAUUUACAUGGAAAUGUAGUCAGUGAUUCCAAAAAGACUAAAACACUGAAAGAUAAUUUAAAUCCAGUAUAUGAAGAAAGUUUUCAAUUCUCAAUCGAAAUGGAUCACCUUCCCUUGACUGUCUUAAGACUAGAUGUUAAAAAUCAUGUGGGUCGGUUUACACGUAGUGGGAAAACGCAUUUUAUGGGAACAUUGUGUAUAAAUCUUAUCGAUUCUGUUGAUGGAGGUGCUGAAACGAAAUGGUACAAUUUGGCAUCACCCAGUUUCCUCUCAUAGUCAUGAAAUAUGUCUCAUUCAUAUUCUGAUAUCACCUAAUAUUUAUCCAUUCUCAAUAAUUAAAACAACCGGAUAUUUACUUUCAUUAUAAAUUCAAAUUUUGCGCCAAUUCCUAAUAUCCCUAAUAAACAUUUUUUUCUUUGCAGUCUAGCCAUUGUUGAAAUGUUUAGAUUUCAUUUUUCGCUUUUCGUGUUUUAUGUUCAAUGCUAAUAAUCAUGUCUACUCAUAUAUUACAUAAUAGCAAGUAUCUUUAAAGAGUUUUACAGUGUUUUGAGAAUAUCAAGCGUUAAUCCAUCGGAAUCUCUCUGAAUCUAGAUUUUUUGUUUGUCUGUACUCAUCUACAAACUUGAGGAGAGGGAUUUUACCGUUGAAAUCUUGACUUAAUCAGUCAAUGCUUUGCGAAGUUCGGGUCCAUAGCUGUCUAGCCCUGCUGAUUCAUCUGCUCAAUAAUCCAAAUACUGAGGCACACUUCACACCGUAAAUUUUACUUAUACUUCACACAUUUUUCUACUGUAUACAAUCCGUUCUGCACCCAAUGAUAUUUUAUACUACCUUACAACAUUCGAAGAAUUCGGAUAACUUUAACACUUCUCUCUGAUAAACUUCCUAUCGUUGUUGUGAUGAUUUACAUGCUUAGUGGAUUUCUAAUCCACCUGGCAAGACACUAAGUGUGUACCUUCUCUUCAGUGAAUCUCUCAACAAACGUGAAUAUUUCCACCAUAUAUUGGUGAUUAUUAGGUGUCAAUCUUCUCAGUAGGUCAAUUGGCUCCUCUCAAAUGACCGAUCAGUUUAUCUAAUCCAUUCCCGUAGGAGGUCAUUCGCUUACAUAAUGCACCAGUGGUAACGUCUCUGGCUACAACACUGCCGGUAUUAGUUCGAAUCUUGCUGGUUUUCUCCAACCGACUGUCAUAGCUCAUUGAACAGCCAGUAAACUGAAGUCCCUAAUUGGCAUCUUCAGCACCAUAAAACUCGAGUAAAUUGAUUGGUGAAACGGAUAUCCGAGUUAUUUACUUGCAUGAAACAUUACAAUUUUUCAACCACUAGUAACCGUUUACUCAACAAUUAUGUCGAAUUUCAGUAUAGUUUGUGUAAGCUGCUAAGAGAGACCCGAUAUUCUGUUAUUCUCAAUAAAGUAAACAUUAGAAACCACUAAUUACAUAAGAGCGUCUGCAGUCAUCAUUCAUCCCUUACUGAUGUCGGCCUUUCAUAAGUUGAAGUUUUGCAUAAACAGGGGUAUUAUUUCAAUUUAUCAGACAAUAUAGAGGAUGAAAUUAGGAAGAGGUAUUAGUGUAAAAUCCUCAAAUUUCGACAGCUAUGAUGUGUAAGUGAUAGCUGCCGAAAAAAGAAAGAUUACUAGCCACUACAUUUCCACUUUCCAAGAAGUCAAAAUAUUAGGUAUUCUUCGAAACGAUCGUUGCAAUGUAAAUAAUCUUUAUAGUGUGUUGAACUGAAGUGUUUUAAUAUGGCUACCGCAAUAUGAUGCAUACUUUCACGUUGUUAUAAAUACUUUUGUCUUCCUCUGUUUAGUUGAAUUUCUCGUUGCUUUUUAUUUCCAAUAUUUAUUAUUAUCAUUAUUUAUUAUUUAUUUAUUAAAUAAAUAUUAACUAUGUGUGUAAAUGUCAGUCAGAA